UUUUAAUUUUUUGAUAAUGUUAUAUCAUAGACAAAAUAGUAAAUAGGAUGAUAAUAAUAGUGUGAAACCGAAAAUUUCAUUUGCAAAUAUUGAUGGAUUUAUUCGAAUAAUUGGAAUAUAAAUUGAAAAAUGGCUCCAGUGUUUCAAUCAAAAUUUUCAAUUCGUUCAAUAUUAUCAGACAAAAAGGCCUCUUUGGAAGAAGAAAAAAAUAAUUGCAUGGAAAUGUUACCCACAAGUGAAACCAACACUGGUUCUUUAGAUGAGGUAUCAUCGGAUGAAUCCACCUCCUCUAGUGGCAAAUCAACACCAGAUGUGAAACCGACAUACACAUAUAGUGCACUCAUCGUGUUGGCCAUACGCAACAGCCCCGAGAAACGUUUGACAUUGAGCGGAAUAUGUGAGUGGAUAGCAAAAAGCUUCCCUUAUUUUCAAAAGAACAGAAACGUUUGGCAAAAUUCCAUACGUCACAAUUUAAGCUUGAAUCAAUGCUUUGUGCGCAUACCACGUGCAUUAGAUGAUCCAGGACGCGGUCACUAUUGGACAUUAGAUUCAUCCGCUGAGGACUUGACAAUUGGAGAAACCACAGGCCGUUUACGACGUCAUAGUAGUUCUGCGAUGAAUCGUACUGCUGCUAUGCGAUCACGAGCUACUUUGCACUACGGAAAUGGUUACGGGCAUCCUUAUCAUCAUAUUAUGAGCAAUGGAAUACCGAUUAAUCCUCACUAUACUCCUAACGCUGUAUACUUCCCAACUCCAGACGAAGUUCACUUUAUUCGACAGACUGUCGUUCAGAAUCAACAAGCCUGGAAUAAUUACCAACUUCCAGUUCAAAAUCAAUUUCCAGCACAGUACCCACACUUAGCUCAACAGCAAUGUCCACCUGAAUACCGAAUUGUCGCUCAACAUCAACUUCAGGUUCAACAACAACCUCCGAUUCCGAUUCCAAAUCCAAUUCCUGCUGAACAUCACCUCCACCAUCAGCAGUCAAUACAGGUUCAGUACCACAAUCAACAAUUCAUAAUGCAAAGAGGACUUUCAAUGUAA